AUGGGUUUUGCUUUCCCGUACUUCAGAAGUUCCUCAACCUUGAAGAGGCCAGAACACGCCUCGCUCCAUGCACCUUCCCUGUGACUGCUGUCCACAUUACAAGCCUGAGAUAUAAUAGUUUACCCAGGAGAGACAGGAACGGUGUAGAUCAGCAAGCACUGAUAGCAAAGUUCCGAAUAGAUGCCGCUACAGACCGAUGUGGCGCUUUGGACUGGCGGAUACCUGUAUAUAAGAGGGCGCAGAUCCUUAGCACCGCCAUCGACACAAUGUGGAAGCAAGCUCUCACUUUACUGCAUCUCUACUUCAUCUUCUGCGUGGCAGCCCCAGGUCCAAAGGUCAACUCUCCGGAGACGACAGCGACAUGCGCCCCGCCUGCGCAAAUCUGGUGUUGCAGUGAGCUCAACUUUGUGUCUUACAGUUACGUCGGGACUGGCUGUGAGCCCUUCCGCGAUUGCCUUACUCCAGUCUGUUGCACCGGAAAAUACUACAACUGGUGCCACGGUUGGUGGCUGCGAAUACGUGUGGCCAUUGGGAAUGGGAAGUUCAUUGAUUUGAGCCACGCGCUUUAUGUCAAUUGUAUUUCGCAAAUACUAUCGCGUAUCACAUAUCACUGCUCCGUUCUUAACGCAAAAUGAUUGAGUCA